ACAAGCAAGCGUUCAUAUGACGGGACAAGCCAUCUCCUCGUCAGACGCUGUGUUCGGUUGAGCCAGCACACAUCGUACCUUUGGCUGUCUCUGGUGUUGACCCGCUGUCAUGAAGGACUACUUCCAUCCCAUCAUCUGUCUGUUUGCUCUUAACUAUCUCUCUACACCACUUAACGGUCUCCGCCAAGAAACUGUCAACUAUAUAGCCCGGUACAUGGAUGUAAGGUACGAUGUGAUCGACAAUCUCCGCGACGCUCUGAAGACAUUUGAAGCUCAAAUAACAAUGACCAAUACGGGAUCCAAAACGAUCCCUGGUAAAGGCUGGUCUAUAUAUUUUUGUCAUCUGAACCUUCUGGAACCAGAGUUCCUGCCUUCUGUAGAAGGUGCUGUUCUUGAGAACUAUGGCAUCAGGUUCCGCCACACGCAAGGGUGUCUGUUUAUGCUGGAACUCUUAGACAAUUUUCAGGCUAUUCCACCAGGAGCGACAAGGAGUGUGAAGUUUCUCUCUGAAAACUUCUCCGUUUCAAAGUCUGAUGGACUUCCAAACUGGUACGUUGCAUCUGAAGGGCUAGAGUCUAGAGUCAUCCUCAGCACCGCUGGAGAGUCUUUUGACUUCGUUGGCGACUUUGACACGCCUAAUAAAUGGAAAAGGUAUGAUUUCAUAACCGAAGAGGCCGAAGGCCAUGACAGAUACGACCCAUUCACCCCCAGAGUCAGAUAUUCUAUGAAUCAGGAUACCAAAGACCUUGGUUCUGCUAACAAUCACCUAAUCCCCACACCAGCUAAGAUGUCCGUUAAUGGAAAAGAUAAGAUCUCCUUACAAACAAAAGAUUGGAGGAUAUUUGCUGAUGGAAACUUCAGCUAUGAAGCACAGUAUCUUGCAGAACGCCUUGGCAUCAACGUCAUAGCCACGGAGCCUAGUAGUGGCUACAUUAAACUUACUAAAGGUAAGGUCGAGAUCAACAUUCCUGGAAGACAGCGCAACAGUCCUGAAGCUUACUCCUUGUCUGUGGAUCCAGACAAUGGAUUGAUAGAAAUCAGGGCCAGUGCUCCAGCGGGAGUCUUCUAUGGUGUGCAGACGCUGUUGAAGUUGAUGGACGACGACCUGAACGUUCCCCACGUGACCGUCGUCGACGCUCCUCGCUACGCCUACCGUGGCGUGAUGCUGGACGUGGCCAGGAACUUCCACAGCAAGGAGCAGGUGCUCCGCCUCAUCAAUAUCAUGGCCAUGUUCAAACUGAACAAGCUGCAUCUUCAUCUCACUGAUGACGAGGGAUGGAGGCUCGAGAUUCCUGGCCUGGAGGAACUCACUCAGGUAGCAGGCCGCAGAUGCCAUGACCCGAAAGAGGAACAUUGCAUCCUGCCCUUCCUUGGCUCAGGACCAACCUCCAAUGCUCCGGGCACAGGAUUCUACACCACCAAGGACUACCAAGAGAUUGUCCGCUACGCCCGUGACCAUCACAUCGAGGUCAUCCCGGAAGUGGACAUGCCUGGUCACGGCCACGCCGUCAUCAAGGCCAUGGAAGCCAGAAGGAAACGCUUCCUGGCUCUGAACAACGUGACCGCAGCUAACGAGUAUGUUCUCGUGGAAGCCAAUGAUCCAUCGGUGUAUAAAUCCAUCCAGAUGUACACUGACAAUGCCGUUAACCCCUGUCUCCCGUCAACAUACAGGUUCAUAUACAAGAUCGUUAAAACGCUGCACGAUUUACACAAAGACAUUUCACCUUUAAAAAUAUUUCACUUCGGUGGGGAUGAAGUUGCGAAAGGAGCAUGGGAAAAUUCCACGGCUUGUGAACAGGUCUUUGGCAAUGGGUUUGAUAUAGCUGAUACAAAGAUCCUAAAACAACUGUUUCUCCGCCAAGUUGCUAAUCUCACCUCUCAGUUCGGGCUGGAUUUAGCGGCGUGGGAGGAUGGCAUGAUGGAGUCGGGGAGCACCCCCUACCAGAGAGGGGGGCUGCAGAAUAAGAACAUUUACGGCUACGCCUGGGACAACAUCUGGGAGUGGGGGGCUGCAGCCAGGGCCUACAAACUCGCCAACGCUGGAUACAAGGUAGUCAUGGCACAAGCUACGCAUCUCUACUUCGACCACCCCUACGAGCCCGACCCCCUAGAGCGCGGCUUGUACUGGGCGCCGCGGUACACCGACACCAGGAAGACGUUUGGCUUUAUGCCCAUGAACAUGUACGCCAACGCGGACGUUGCGAGGUCGGGGGAUCCGCUCACCAAGAAGGAUGUCUGCGGAGAGGACCUAGACGGAUGUAUCCCUCUCGAGAAACCGGAAAAUAUUGUUGGAAUGCAGGGUCAUCUGUGGAGCGAGCUGGUGAGGAACCGUGACAUCGCCGACUACAUGAUGUUCCCCCGGCUGCUGGCCCUGGCGGAGAGGGCGUGGCACGAGGCGGCGUGGGAGGAGGAGGAGGACAAUACGACCAGGCAGGCUAUGGAGGACAGGGACUGGGAGCGGUUUGCCAACACCCUGGGCUACAGCGAGCUGAAGAGACUCGAAAACAUCGGCAUCAAGUAUCGUGUGCCUCCCCCGGGAGCAAUAGUUGAAGGGGACAUUCUGCGGACGAACGUGGCGUACCCAGGCCUGACCGUGGAGUACAGCUUGAACGAGGGGGAGUCAUGGUGUCAGGCUUCGGAACCAGUUCUGCUGAGACUAGUCAAGAGCACACGUAUAUUGCUGAGAACACGAGGCGCUAACGGAUCCCGAGUGAGUCGAGUGGUUCAUCUGUUCACGGGGGCGACGGUAAACAGCGGAAACACGUUAUACCCUAUGUUUGCAUUAGUUUUGUCAAUCAUAUGUGUUAUGUUCAUGUAAAUGUUAUAAACCACCAUACAUUGGCUUAUUCAUAAUGCUUCUCUCACGAAAUCCUAUCCACAUUGAAAUUAGAAUCAUUAGUUUGUAUGUAAAAUUGUCCGUCCAGCAUCGAAAUAAACAUGAAUUUUGGACAUUUCUAACCA